CUCCAUUUCACAAAUACAGGGUGUCUUGGGCAGUACAUGUCCACACAGUGUCCUUAUUCUGACUUACAGAGUAUCUGAGAUUUCACCUGCCUUUCACCAUGAUCCUGCUGGUAGUGUGUGCGUUGGUUGCCGUUUCUUUGGCACAAAUAAAACCUCUGCCGGAACUGAUCAAGCCUUCAUACAUUGAACACAUCAAGUGCUGGACAGACUGGAUGGACCAUGAUGACCCAACUGGAACUGGAGACUGGGAGACUGUCAGUGACCUGAAGACGGAGUACCCCAAGACCAUGUGCCCCAACCCCACCGCCAUCGAGGUGGCAAGUGUGGAUGGCAUCAGCCUGGCUGAUGCAGGCAACGUGUUUUAUGCGAAUGAUCACAUCACUGGGCUCAUCUGUAAGAACGCAGAUCAGGAGAGAUGCUUCUGCCGGGACUACAAAGUCCGUUUCAUCUGCCACCCUCCAUUCUGUGGCACAGAGAAAAUGUGUUGGACAAAGUGGUACGAUCGUGACAAUCCCUCCGGUACGGGUGACUGGGAGUUGCUCACCAACCUGCAUAAUGCGAACCCUGGAGAGAUCUGCGCCAAUCCCAUCGCCAUUGAGAGCAGAACUGUGGACACAAACACGCCCGCGACCUUGACUGGCGAAGACUUCCUCCACUACUCUCCGACGACUGGGCUUGUGUGCCAGAACGGGCCCAAACAAGACUGCCGGGACUACAAAGUCCGGUUUGGGUGUCCUUGUUGAGGAAGAACUGGCUGUUGGAAGGAUGAGUCUCCCACUGAGGACCCAAGGGUUUGAUUGACCAUUAGUACAUGCAUUAAAGUGGACUUCCCACACUGGUGUAGCAGUGAUCUGUGUUGAUGAGAUGUAUUUCUGUAACAGCAAUGACAGCUGUUGUUAUUGUGCUGUCUUGAUCAUUUAAAAGUCAACAAGCAUGUGAAGUAAAAAUAAAAGUAGCAUGAAAAAAAAA